AUGAUAAUUGAUCUCAAAGGUUUUGAAUAUGAAAGCUGUUUAAAUUCCAACGAAGUUAAUCUAGAGGAUGUCAGAACUCCAAUCUCUCGAAUAUGAAUCUCCAAGUCAGGAGCACCUAAUCCUGUAUUUAGUCCUGUGAGUAGCUGUGUGGGAUCUCCUCGUAAAUUUAUUGAGGACUGCCAAGACUAUACUAUAGACUACCAAUCCUAUCUUUUGCAAGAUAAUUUUAAGAUAAGGCCAUGUACUCCAAAAAAGAGAAUCAGCAUUCAAAUAGAAACCCCUUUUAAUAAUUCGGAGGCUAAAAAAAAACAUAUUAGAGCAAUUUCAAGUCCAGAAUUUUCGAACACAAAGAAAUUUAAUAAUUCUUGAUCAAAUGCUCCCAACUUUAAAGACCAAAAAUUCCAGAAUGCAGCUUCAAUAGCUAAAAGCGCAAACCAAAUAUUUAUUCUCCUCCUUAAUUAGCGAGCAAAAAAACUAGAGAUUCUCUAUUUUUGGGAAAAUUAAGCCUCAUUGGUUAGUUAAAGAAAAAAAAAAUUUGGUCAAAAUAACAAAAUCUCAAAAUAUUUAUUAAAUUUUAAACAGAAAAUGUUUUAAAAUAUAAAUUAAUAUAAUUAAUAGAUUUUCUGUUUAAAUUUUAUAAAUAUUCUAAUAUAAAAUUUAAAAAAAAAUUUACUCCCUUUGGCUAGCGCAAGGUUUUCACUUGCUAACAAAGGACGAGAAUUAGACCUUCAUCUAAAAUCGAGAAUAAAUCUAUGAAUGCAACUGUUCCUAAUGUAAAAUUGCCUAAUAUAGGCUUUCAAACGAAAAAUAAUGAAAAUAAUUAUACACCUCUACGAAAAAGACAAAGUAUUGUAAAGAAUCGAUGUUUUUUACAUAGGCAAAUGUUUAUGAGCGAAAUUAUUCCGCCUGCUUCUAACUCUACUCAUCCUGGAUCGAAACGAUCGCUAUCUUUUGAUCAUUAAAAAAUUCAAGAAAAAUAAAAAUAUAUAAAUUUUUUAUUAUUUUUUCAAUAAAAUAUUUGAAGCGUUAGUGAUAAGAGAUAGAGCAUACAAUAAAUUAAAAAAAAUAGAUUAUAUUAGAAUUGCGUAGAAGAGAUUAUAAGGUAUAAUCUCUAAUAUUCGUUACUAGAAAAGAUAGGCAGUUAUAUUGAAAGGGGGUAGAGGGGUGGAUUUCAUGUUUCACUAUAUGAAAAUGUUCGAUCAAAAUAGGGUUUAUUUAUCCGAUUUUAAUGGUGCCAUUUGAUCAAGAAUGAGCGAGUAAGUCAAAUGUAUCAAUAAAAAAAGCGAUGGAUUAUCUGAUACUUGCAGAGAAAAAGCCAUUUAAAGUGUAA